GCGCAGACGUCAUCCGGUCGCUCUGCCCGUAGAGGCGCGAGGUUGACCUCUCGUCGCUAAUUGUGUUUCCUAUCGAGUGACAACUUGUUCGUCGGUUAGCGCAUUGGCUGCCCAUGGGCGCAGCUGCACACACACACGCACGCACACACACACACACUCACACUCACGCGUGCGCGCGCGCGCGCACACACACACAGUCUGCUGCUCCGCCGGCUGUCCGGUGCGCCUCUGCGGUCGGUUCGGGACGGUGUCGGUCUCCGCUUUUAUGAAUGAAUAACGAGACGGGGUGGGGGGGGGACGAGACUCCCCAGCAGCAGCAGCAGCAGCAGCAGCAGCCGCGGUCCCGGGGGGGCGGCCCCCGAUGAGAGGGAUUAACGUCGGAGCGGAGCCGCGGCUCAUUGCGGAAAAGCCGAGUUCGACUGCAGUCUGUCGCGGAAAACGCACCGCGAGGGAAACGGGCUCCACGGCGUAAAGAAGCGGAACGAAAGCCGCGGCGGACACAAUGUCCAUCCACAUCGUGGCCCUGGGCAGCGAGUGCCCCGGGGGGGUCGGGCCCGGGGAGGAGAUCAUGGGCCAGGGGCAGCUCCAGGGAGGCCUGCUGUGGAGUUACCUGGGCCAGGGAGCGCUGGUGGGGCCGUGCGACCUGGAGAGCAGCAUUCACAACCCGGCCUUCAUGGAGUACACGUCGCGCGUGUUCGGAGACGUCACUGUUGUGGUUCGGGAUUGCCCCAGCUGGGACCUGUUGGACAGCGAUUGGACAAGCGUGCGGAAAGUUCUCGAACAGGCCGACAUCCUGGUCAUUAAAUAUUCAGUCACGGACAAGCUGGCCUUUCAGCAGGUCAGGAACAACUACGCGCCGAGACUCCGCCCGCUCCUGAGGCACUGGGGCGUGCCGGUCAUCCUGGUCGCUGUCGGGGCGCGGCUCAACGAUGAAGGCCCUCCGUGUACGUGCCCGCUCUGUGCGUCCGACUGGAGCAGCUGCGUGCCUCACAGCGAAGGUCUGCAGCUCUCCCGCGACCUGGGGGCCACGUACCUGGAGCUGCCCUCACUCAACCACGUCUUUGUGGGCCGCUACUUUGGCAGCGUGCUCGAGUACUUCAUGAUCCAGUGUCUGAAACACAAAGCCAAAGAGAGGCCGGAGAAGAGGCGAGGAAAUAAAGUGAACGAUCUCCGCCCCCCUCACUUAGAACAACCAGCACGUCUCCCCCCCAUCCGGGUAGAGGAGUCCAGCUUCUCCCAGGACAUGCAGUGGUUGCUGGAGCGCGGCGUGCAGUUCGCCGAUGUGGCGUUCUACGCCGGGGACUCCGGCAAAGAGCUGGGGUGGGCGCACGCGGCUGUGCUCUGUGCCGUCAGUCCGUACUUCAGACAGCUGCUCCUGGGGCCCAAGGCCAGGGAACGUCCCCAGUCGCGCUGUGUUUGCAGAGAGCGGGACGGGGGCCCUCCCUCGCUGCUCUCCACCUGGGACGGGGGGAUUAUUGAUGACUUGCCACGGACAGAGGGCCACCUGACGGGACGCCUCUCCCGCCUGGUGGUGAAGGACCCCUUACUGUGUAUGUGCUUGUGGGAAACUCUCAUGUUCAUCUAUAGAGGAGCGUGGGAGUGGGAUCACCUUCAGGAGGCCUUGGAUGAGAAGCUGAAGAAUUCACUAGCUGUGGCUCAACUUAUGGAGCGCAUACGAUCCCUCAUCGGCAAAGACAGGAGCCAGAGAGACACGCCGAGCGCCCGGGCAGCUCAGCUCGGCCCCCAAACUCUAGUCAACCUCUUCAAUUCUCCUCUUUACUCUGACGUCAUCUUCAUGGUGCAAGGGAGUGUGUUGCCAGCCCAUCGAGCAGUGCUGGUGGCGCGCUGUGACGUCAUGGCGGCCAUGUUCAGUGGGAAAUAUGCAGAGGCCCGGAGCCGAGUGGUGCCCAUUCACGGUGUCUCCUCAGAUACCUUCCUGUCCUUCCUGGAGUACCUCUACACUGACUCCUGCUGUCCUGCCAGCGUGCUGCAGGCCAUGGCCGUGCUGGUCUGUGCGGAGAUGUACCAGGUGAAGCGUCUGCAGCAUCUGUGUGAAGUGUGUGUGUGCGCUUACCUCCAGAGCAUGCCCAGCAGAGAGCUGUCCUCCACGGGCAUCAGCGUGAUCCGACUGCUGCGCCGAGCAAAGUGCCACAAUGCAGAGCAGCUGUAUGUCUGGCUCCUCCACUUCAUCGCCAACAACUACCUGAUCUUCAGUCACAAACCUGACUUCCUGGAACUCUCAGAGGAGGAGCGUGAGCAGGUGGAGAGGCUCCGCUGGCCGUCCACAGGCUACCUGCAGGAGCUCAGCGAGUACCAGCAGCGGCGACGCAAACUACGCAAGUCCCGCUGCAUAGUCAUGUGACCGCCCCCCGGAUGCCUGUGGGAAAGAGGGAGGAGAGCAGAGCGAAGGGAGACCAGGGGGAGAAAAUAAAAAGGGUCAGACGGGUCGUGGAGAAGCACGCAGGAGAAGUGGUUUCCGUGCGACGGGGCUGUUUCUGAUGACACGCGGUGCAGCGGUCGCAGGGAUCCACAACCAAAAGGACAACGUCGCCUCGCGGUGACACACUCGGCUGUGACGCGCCUCACCCCCCCCUCCCGGGAGAGAUGACUGCAUCCUUUUGCCUAAUGACUAUUCCAUCACGGGCAAUGCAAAAUGAGUGGUCCUUAAACCCCAAAUUAAUCCAAAACGAGCAGCUCGCCAUGGGCCAUGUGAAGAAUAUUUAUACUGUAAUAUCUACAAUAUGGCUCUAUUGCUAAAAAAUGAACAGAUCUCAAACUGCAAUGAUGAGUGAGCAGGUAGAAAACUGCUCCUCCGUAUCGUCUCAAACGAAACCUCGGCCCAUAAUGCACCUGUGCUCUCUUGUCAUGUGAAAGCUGUGAGCGUGACCACACGCAGCAUUGCUGCAAAGCGUCUUUGUGGCUGCCGACUGUCUGUAUUUGAGAGGAGACCGUCAUCGCGGAGAGGAGAGCGCCGGUAACGCUGCCGGUGAAUCACGUUCACGACCAUUUCACGGCCGUCAAGUUCACACGAGGAGGACCAACGUAAAGAACAAAUUUUCUUUCAGAUCUCCGCGGUUGGACUCACUCAGAGAUAUAUUCUGGUCGUUGAUUUGACAUUAAAUCGUAAAAAUUAAACUACUACGGUCUCAGAUAUUAAGUACACCAAAUAAAGAACACAACGUAUUUUUUUUACCUAAAGCCUGCGGCUUGGACUUUUACGCCUCUUCCUUUACAGGUUUACACGACGUAAUGUUGAAUCUAUUUGCAAUAACCAAUAAUAAGGGUCUGUCUCGGUCACAUGAAAUGGCAAACGCCUUUGGUAGCAGACAAAGUGGUGUAAAGAUUUAGGAAAAAUAACCAUAUCAUGAACAUAAGUUGGUACGCUUAAAAACCACAAUGCCUCUAGGUAGAUAGUAUUUAUUUUAUCCUAUGUUUUUUAUUUGAGGGAUUGUUUUUAAUCAUAACAAGAUUAUAAUUUAUUGGUGCUGCAAUUAUUUUGUAAACUAUACUGUAUGUUCACAUGACUUUUUCUUUUUUUGGGUCACACUAUUUUACUGUUCACUGUUUCACUGGUAUUUACUUUAAAAAAGGUGCAUGUUUAAAAAAAGAAUUGUAUUUGUCUGACAAAGUGAAAGCAAAAUGGUCAAUACUGACAUUUUUGCAGCUAUUUUUUUAUUUAGUGGAUUAGCAGCUGUCAUUUACGGUCAACCACAGCAGUACUUGAGCUGUGAGAAUAUUUGACAGUGUGCAGGUGACAUCAGUCAGUACCUUCUCACCACCUGGUGAAUCAUUCACCUGCUGCUGCUGCACCACAGCAAUCGGUCUGUGUGUGUGUGCUAGGAACACCUUUUAAAAGAAACAGUAAAUAACAGUUGAAAGAGUGGACUGUAAACCGAAGUGUACUCCGGUGUGUGGAGACCCACCUGCAGCUCCGCCGGGCCAGCGUGGCACAGACUGUAGAUACCUGGACGUCUGACUUUAAAUAAAGACAUGUUUUAGAAUGAACAAACCACA